AUGGCGACCCAGAAAACCACCGAAUAUCCCACCGCGCACACAACUACAAUCUCAAACCCUCGUCUAAGAAUACUCAACAAGCUCAAAAAUGGCCUGGAUGGAGUCAUCAUCGACUGCGAACACGGCCACAUCGGCGACGACUCCAUGCACAACUCCGUCGCCGCUAUAUCCGCCCUUGGAGUAUCACCCAUCAUUCGAAUCCGCGGUCCGGCGCACGAUAUUAUCAAACGUGCCCUUGAUACCGGUGCACAUGGUAUUAUGGUGCCGCAGAUCAAUAAUGCGGAAGAAGCGAGACAGAUUAUCCAAUCUUCGAAAUUUCCGCCGCAAGGUGUGAGAGGGCAAGGGUCUGCGUUUCCGGCUAUUGGGCAUGGACUCACGACGCCUGAGUAUAUGGUUUCUGCAAACGAGACUUUGUUGACUAUGAUCCAAAUCGAGACACAUGCCGGUGUGGAAAACGUUGAUGCAAUCGCUGCUAUGCCUGGUGUCGAUGUCCUGUUUAUAGGGCCCAAUGACCUUGCGCAGUCGCUUCUUGGAUAUGUGCCGGCCCGCGGGGAUGAGCCGGAAUUUGUUGCUGCUAUUGACAAGAUUGUUGAUGCAGCGAGAAGACAUGGAAAAUGGGUUGCCCGUUUGGUGAAUAAUGGCUCGUUGGCCAAGGAGGCGAAGAAACGAUUUGAUACUGUCGCUAUUACGGGUGAUACGAAGGCUAUUCAGAAUUGGUAUAUGGAAGAGAUUGAUAUUGCUCGUUCAUGA